CGGUAAGCCUGGCUAAAAAAGGACAGCCCGCAUGGUCGACGACGUGACGCGAGGCUUUCGCGUGCUCUUGCGCCUGCGCGAACCGCCGGCAGGUGCAGCGUCGGUGCUCUUGCCCUCUCUCGCCGGCGUCUCGGACGGCCUCUGCCUUGCGCCGGAUGAGAAGCGCGUGCUGUGGGCCAAGCACAGUGCCACCAAGGCGCUGCAACUCGAUGGUGUCUUCCCGCCCGACACACCGCACGCCAUCGUGUACGACCAUCUCGCCGACUACGUCGGCGCGGUGCUGUCGGGGCGCGACUGCAGCAUCGUCGCCUACGGCCAGAAGGGCUCGGGCAAAACUCACACCAUGAGCGGCGGUACGCCACCAGCAGACGACGGCGCGGAGCCCGAAGCGCCAGUGACCGACGCCGUCCCCGACGACGCCGGGCUCGUGCCGCGUCUCGUGCACGCGCUUUUCAAUGCACUCGACGGGUCGCUCGACCUCGACGUCCAUUGCUCAUGCCUCGAGAUUUCAAACGAAAAGGUCUACGACUUGCUCGUCGGUGCCACGAUGCCUGUGGCGUCGUCGCCGCCACGGCGCAUGAUGUCGCGAUCCCGUCGAAAGCGGACGCUCUGGAACGUCCAUGCCAAGCCGACGCACGAGACGGACGACCUCCCAGUGCUCACGCAAGCCAACGGCGCGACGCUCAUCGAGGGCUUGAGUGCCCAUGCCAUGAAGUCCCGCGACGACGUCCUUGACGUGUACAACCAGGUCGCCGGCCACCGCUCCAAACGUCUGCGCCACGGCCACGUCAUCUUUCAAGUGACGCUGCAACCGCGCGACCCCACGCGGCGUGCGUCCCGGCUCUUCUUGGUCGACUUGGCGGGCAUGGACGUGGCGCCCGUCCAGCACACGCCCGAAGUUGCGUCGAUCCACAAGAGCUUGUCGAACCUCUCGCAGUGCGUGCACGCGCUCGCCCAGCGCCGCGCGCUGGACCAUGUUCCGUACCGCGCGUCUGUUCUAACGCGCUUGCUGCAGCCGAGCCUCGAAGCCGCCGGGCGCACCACCUUUGUGCUGACCGUGACGCCGGCGGCGGCGUCGUGGGACGAGACGUGCACGACGCUCCGGCUCGCCGAGCGGCUCAAGGGUAUCGAGAGUAGCGACGUGGUCCGGCGCGAGAUCUUGCCGCCCAUGGCGCUCGAGGCCCGAGUCGCUGCCCUCGAGGCGGAGAAUACCCGUGUGCGGGCGCUUCUCGAGGCGGCGCGGACGCAGCUGGCGCAAGCGACCGACCACGAGAAGACGCUAGCGACCGAGAACGACAUGCUGCGAUCCCACAUCCGCGCGUCCGAAGCCAUGCUCCGACGCGUGCGCCUCGUGCUCACAAAUGAGGCAGACGACAAUCCAACGCCAGCGACGCUACCCAUCGAGCCGGACAGCCAUACUAGUGACGAGGAGCAACAUCGGCCAAACAGUAGUAGUAGUAGCACACUGCCAGCGCUUGGUCUCGGCGCGAUCCCAGAAGAGACGUUGCCGUGGCGGCUGCAGAAGAAGCUCGUGACGAUUCCGCUGCCGCUGCGCGUUCAAGAGUGCAAACGAAUGCUCUCGGCGACGAAGCGGGCGGCAAAGACGUCGUCUUCCCGGCGCCGACGCAACGAACGACCGCCCGACGACAACGACGUGUGCAACGGCGACGACGACGACAGUUGUUCUGCCAGUGGCAAGUUGCCCGUGCUCGAGAAUGCACCGACCGUCGAGAAACAACCGGCGCCACCACGGUCGUUCGCGCCGAAACACCGAGGUCGCAGUGCGAAAACGAGUGCACGCAAGGCCGACGAAGUGCAGUUGCCACAACUCACAAGAGCCAAAGCAAAGCAUCCGGUGUCGUUCCAGUACGCAGUGUUGCUCGACAACGAGAGCCAGGCGCUGCUGCAGAUCGACGACUACAAAGCCCACCGACGUGUGCAACUCGAAGCGACGUUAGAGGCCCCACCGUCGUGCUAACAAGAAUAUCUAGUUGCCGCAUUCGUUAACCCUCCCAGACCGAAAGGCGGGUAAUUAAGGAGCCGCGUGUCCUUCGACCGUCACGAGUAGCCCG